UACUCACCCAAGUUAGCAGUGCAACUGGCGAGCUCCGAGCUUGAUGAACCCACAAGGAAUAUCCCCGUCUACCAAGAAUACCAGCCAGAGCAAGAUGUCCUUUCGUGGCAAGAACGCGGUGGUUACCGGAGGAGCCGGAGGCAUCGGUCUGCAGGUGUCCAAGCAGCUUCUAGCUGCCGGAGCAGCGAAGGUGGCCAUCAUCGAUUUGCAGGACAACCUGGAGGAGUUUGUGAAGCUACGUGCUGCUCAUCCCACGCAGAGCGUGAUGAUUAUCAAGAUGGACGUUGCCAAUAAGAAGGGAGUCGAGGCCACCUACGAGGAGAUAGCCAAGACUUUCGGCAACAUUGACAUUGUGGUGAACGUUGCAGGCAUCUUUAAUGACAAGGAUGUGCAAAGGACGCUCCUUGUAAACCUGGGUGGCAUCAUCAACUCCACUCUGAGUGCCUUACCGUAUAUGGACAAGGCCAAUGGCGGCAAGGGAGGCAUAAUAGUCAACAUGAGCUCAGUGGUGGGCUUGGACCCGAUGUUUAUCAUUCCUAUUUACGGAGCCACCAAGGCGGGUAUCAUCAACUUCACCCGGUGUCUGGCGAAUGAGAAGUUCUAUCAACGCUCGGGCAUCAGGUUUGUGACCGUCUGUCCUGGAGCUACGAUGACGGACAUGUUCACCAACUUUACGGAGAAGAUCAUCUUUCCGGAGACCAGCGACGAGACCUACAGGAUCCUGGAUAGAUUGAACAAGCAGAGUGCCGCCGAUGUCUCGCGCUGCAUACUGAAUGUCCUGGAGAAGGAUAAGAACGGAGCUGUCUAUGUCAUCGAGGGAAAGCGCAUCUUUCCCUUGGACCUGAAGCCCCAGUGGACGGGCAAGGAGCAGGCCCUUUAAAUGAUGAUAAUUCCACCAAAUCCUGCACACACAUACACACUAUAAACAAACUCUGAACAAAUUACCGAAAUUAGUUAUUUAAUAAACAAACAAAGCACGCUGCA